AUGUCGUUCCCGCUGCCGAGCGACUUUUUCGAGUGCCCGCCCUUGGAGGCGGUCGAGAAGGAGUAUCUCAUCAACCUCGCGCUCAAGUCGUGCCACGACACGGUGCGCAACGCGAUCCAGCUGCAGUCGGCGCCGAUCGAGGCCGUUCUCACCAGCGACAAGACCAAGCGCCAUGCACGCAUUCGCCGCGGCACCGACAUUAUCAACAAGUCGCUCGCGGUGAGCUGCGCCUACACGCAGAUCCAGUCGUCGAUCGAGGAGGUCGCCGACUUCUUCUACCUCGACUCGCUGCCGAAACUCCGCGCCUACGCCCGGACGGUUGGCCAAGUCGUUUUGGACCGGCAAACGCUCUACACGCUCGUGCCGCGAGACACGCCAGCCGGGCGACUGCACUACAUUGGCAUUGACUGGAUGGCGAUCGAGUGCCCCGCGCUUGUCGCCAACCGCGACGCGUGCUUUCUCGAGUGCCACGAAGAGUUUGAGUUUUUGGAGCCGACCACGAACGCCCUCCGCCGCGGCUUUGUGCGUUCGAUGCACUCGGUGGACCUCGACUGCUGCCCGCCGUUGAAGGAGAGCCACAACGUCGUGCGGCUGUCGUUUGUGCGAAGUGGCCAUGUGUUCAUUGAGACGGACGAGCCGGGCUUGCUCAACUACUACAGCGUGUAUGGGACGCAGCCCAACGGCAAGACCGUCAAGGCCGUCGCCUUUGCGGUGCAGCACAAGCAGUGCGCGCGGGUACUGUCGAUUUUCCCGGAAAACGACUCGUUUUGA